CUCUUCCGAUCCCAAUUCCUCGCGCUUCUUCAUCUUCUCUCCUAUUGGCGAAGCAAACUUGAAUCCUCUCUGUCUCUGAGAGGAGACAGGAUUGCAGAGUCGAAGGCCGAGGACAGAGUAAUCAAAUAUGGAAUCCAUUAAUAAUGGUGACAAUCAUUUUGUGAUCUCUGCGCGUCCGAAAAGGUCUGACUCUGUCUCUCGUAUCCAGGAGAGGAUCGCUUUGCUUCUCUCGAGGUGGAAUGGCCUUCAAAUGGCUGUCCAAAACCAGUGGGGCGGCCGUGACUCCCUCCGAAAAUCUCACCAGCUCGCCUCCGAGAUCUUCUCUUGGUUCGUUCAGUAUAAAGGACCUGUUUGUGUGGAAGAUUUAGAAAAUAUGCUCUUCGAGAGCAUGUUGUUCUCUUUCAACACGGAGAUUGAGGAUGGCAGCCUUGAGGAGGUAGCAGAGCAAUUGAUGACGAUAUAUGAAGAAUGCUUGCUUGGAAAUCAUUAGGCAAUAACAUAUUUAUAGGUGAAAGGAAUCCACUCUGUCUUUGAAGUUUUACCAACAAACCGGACAGAUAUGUUUGCUGAAAAAGAUGACAAGAAGUAGUGGUGCACGACAUCAGAUUGACAUUGGAAGAGCCUAGGAGUAUGGGAAGGAUGCAUGUUAAAAACAUUCAUAUAGAAGGCCGAUUUUUUUUUUUUUUUUAUUUUCUCGGAAACCAGUUUUGCUGCUGGCAGCCGGUAGGUGCUUAAUUGUACUUUUCUAUGCUCUCUAUAGCAUUCUUGUGAUAUGAAAAUGUAGCAGUUCUAAGGAACAUCUUCUGCUGCUUUUCUCGCGUCGGAGCGAACUUCUUGGUUUGAAUUUACAUUUCCAUUCUUUCUUUCUUUUUUUCGAUAAUCACCAUACCUAUUUGUUGGUAAUCAUCACUGCCUUUUCAUUUUAUUCAACACUGGAUGGUGCUGAGAUUUGUGCAGUUAAUAAACGUUCCUUUAGGUCAUUCUGAAUAA